CAGAGAAGAGUCUCUCCAGAUCAGAACACCAGAUGGACAACGCUAGCCCUUCCGCCCUCCCAGAGUCCCCGUGUCGUACCUCUCCCAGUAGCACCUUACUGCUGGGUCUGAAGAGGUUGUCUGUGCGGCUGGUGGACUGCAGGAAAACAACGGGGCUGAGUGGAACUGUGAGAGGAGGAGAAGAGAAGAAAGGAGCAGAUUUGACUCAUCAAAGAGAAAGACCAGACUCAGAGGAAGCAGAGACGUCCAAACCAGCAAGACGACAACACUGCUCCCACUGUGGAAAGGUUUUUAACCAGUUAGGGGACCUGAAACGACAUGAGAGAAUACACACAGGCGAUAAACCUUUCCAAUGCUCCAAGUGUGGAAAGAGUUUUUCCUCAUCAGGGUGCCUGAAAAGACAUGAGAGGACACACACAGGAGAUAAGCCUCAUCACUGUUCCCAGUGUGGAAAGAGUUUUACCCAGUUAGGGAGCCUGAAAAUACAUGAGAGAAUACACACAGGAGAGAAGCCUCAUCACUGCUCCCAGUGUGGAAAGAAUUUUAACCGGAAAGAAUACCUGAAAGAGCAUGAGAGAAUACACACAGGGGAGAAGCGAGAUAAACCUUUCCAAUGCUCCCAGUGUGGAAAGAGUUUUUCCUUGUUAGCGAGCCUGAAAAUACAUGAGAGAAUACACACAGGAGAGAAGCCUCAUCACUGCUCCCAGUGUGGAAAGAGUUUUAACCUGAAAGGACAACUGAAAGAGCAUGAGAGAAUACACACAGGGGAGAAGCCCUACCACUGCUCCCAAUGUGAAAAGAGUUUUGCCUGGUUAGCUGACCUGAGAAGACAUGAGAGGACGCAUACAGGAGAGAAGCCUCAUCACUGCUCCCAGUGUGGAAAGAGUUUUAACCAGUUAGGUCACCUGAGAAGACAUGAGAAUACACACAGGACAUAAGGAUGUAGGCUGGUGAACAGUAGGACAUAGCACAGAUGUAGGCUGAACAGUAGGACAUAGGACAGAUGUAGGAUGCUGAACAGUAGGACAUAGGACAGAUGUAGGAUGCUGAACAGUAGG